AUGGGCCUUGCCGUUCGGCAAGGUCCCUUCAGCUUCCUCCUUCGUACUCUUGUAACCCUAGGGCCUAGGGGUUUGGGAGGGAAGAUGUCUGAGAGUGAAGAGGCCAGUGAGUAUGUUUGUUCUGAAGAGGAGAGUUCCCAGACAGAUAGUUUUGUAGAAGGGCUUAUAGAAGCUAGGAUGGGAGUGCAUGAGGGUGAGAUGGCUGGGCCAUCAGUAGAGUCUGGGUCAGAGGCAUAUAGGAAGAUGCAGAAGAAGUAUAAAGUGUUAGAAGCCAUGUUGAUCGGGUUCUAG